AUGCAGCUCAAGACCAAGGCUCAGCUGUCUGCCCUUUUGGGACUGCUGCUUCCCACCCUGGUCUCGGCCGAGACGGUGUUGGGCGUCUACGUCUUCCACCGCCAUGGAGACCGCACAGCAAAGUCCACUCCGCCUACCAAGCUGACGGCGCUAGGUGCCGAGCAGGUUCACAGCUCGGGCGAGUACUACCGGUCGCUUUAUGUCGCCAGCAACGCCACCAGUCGCAUCGACGGCAUCUCGUCGGAUAUCGCCGUCAACUCGCAGCUCAACGUCGUCAGCCCCGUUGACGUCGUGCUGCAGAACAGCGGCCAGGCCUUCCUUCAGGGGCUCUACCCGCCUACCACGGCUGACGUCCAGGUCCUGGCCGACGGCGAGACGGUGCAGUCGGUGCUCGGUGGCUACCAGUACAUCCCCGUCAACUCCCUCACCACUGCCGCCACGCCGAGCGGUGCUGAGAAUGACGCCUGGCUCCAGUCCGGCAGCGGUUGCGCAAAGGCCGUUGCCAGCUCCAACUCGUACCUUGCCAGCCGCGACUACCUCGACACCCUCGAGAGUACCCGUGGCUUCUACCAGGGCCUGAUGCCUGCCAUCAACCGCACGUUCAAGGCCGACGCAGUCAACUUUAAGAACGGCUAUGCUAUCUACGACCUCAUCAACGUCGCCCAGAUCCACAACGCAUCCUACCCAGGCCGCAACCUGAUGACCGACUCGGUCCUCCACCAGCUCUCGACCCGCGCCAACCAGCUCGAGUGGAACCUGGCCUUCAACGCCUCUGAGCCCGUGCGCGCCAUCGCCGGCGCCACCCUGGCCGGCCAGGCCCUGCGGUCCCUGAACGCGACGCUGCAGAAGCCCGCGUCGUCGCCGCUCGUCGACGUGCAGUUCGGCGCCUACGCUACCUUCUCCUCCUUCUUCGGCCUGGUGGGCCUGCACGAGGUGAGCGCCGACUUCACCGGCAUCGUCGACUACGCCAGCAGCAUGGCGUUUGAGCUCGUCACCAACGCGUCCGUCUCGUCUUCUGCCGCGGCAGGUGGAAAAGCCGUCGUCAGCCCGGAUGACGUGAGCGUGCGCUUCCGCUUCGUCAACGGCUCCGCGUCGGCCGACAGGCCGCUCAAGGCUUACCCGCUGUUUGGUAACGGUGAGACCCUGAUGUCCUGGUCGGCUUUCCAGAGCGAGAUGGCCAAGGUUGCGGUCGUGGACACGGCACGCUGGUGUGAGCUGUGCGGGCCCGCGUCUGCUGGUUGCGCUGCUGAUGCGACCGGGACUGCGGGUGCGGUUGGGGCUGCUUCGGGUGGCAGUGAUGAUGGUAUCACCAAGCCUGUUGCCGGUGUCAUUGGCGCUUUGGUUACUCUCGGUUUGGUGCUUGUUGCGGCUGGGCUUCUCGUGGGGGUCGGGGGCCUGCGGCUCGUCAAGAAGCAGGACCUGGUGCCCGCGCCAGCCUCUGACAAGAUGAGCGUUUGA